AUGUCCCUGUUCAAUCGCAUAGCCCGAGCGGGCGUCAAGAAGGUGGCUCCAAGCAUAGUUACCUACACAAUCGUCAUCAGCUGCUGCUGCGAUGCAGGAUGCUUGAACCUCGGCUUCGCCGCAUUGGGCCAAAUCAUCAAGACGAGAUUGAGGCCACAAGCCAGGACCUUCACGCCUCUGCUCAGGACCCUCUGCGCCGAGAAGAGGACGCGUGAUGCAAUGAAUAUUGUGCUCCGACGGAUGCCUGAGCUCUGCUGCACCCCCGAUGUCUUCUCCUACAACACUCUUCUCGUUGGGCUUUGUGCUGAGAAGAAAUGUGAAGAGGCUGUCGAGCUGAUCCACAUGAUGGCUGAGGAUGGAGGUGGCUGCCGACCUGAUGUGGUGUCUUAA